UGCUGUCUCAACUCUUUCAGGUUUUUCUUUUAUGCUUCAAAACCGUGGUGAGAAAUGAAAGGCCCAGCAUAUCCCUCAAGUCUGUUCUUCAAUUGCUCAAAUCAGUCAAACUUCCCUUUGGAAACUUCAGAGCAAUGUGGCAAAGAGACACACCUUGAGAACGUACUUUUUGCCACCUUCUACUUCCUAGACUUCAUCCUGGCUUUUAUUGGCAACUCCCUGGCUCUUUGGCUCUUCAUUCGGGACCAGAAGUCCAGCACACCCGCCAACAUUUUCCUGAUGCAUCUUGCUGUGGCUGACCUCUCAUUCGUGCUGGUCCUCCCCACCCGGCUGGUGUACCAUUUUUCUGGUAACCACUGGCCAUUUGGUGAGAUCCCAUGCAGACUCACGGGUUUCCUUUUUUACCUCAACAUGUAUGCCAGUAUCUACUUCCUCAUGUGCAUCAGCGUCGACCGGUUCCUGGCCAUUGUGCACCCCGUGAAGUCCAUCAAGCUCCGCAGGCCCCUUUAUGCCCAUCUGGCAUGUGCCUUCCUGUGGCUUAUAGUUGGGGUUGCGAUGGCACCCCUGCUGCUCAGCGUGCAGACUGUGGAAAUGAACAACACAACCAUCUGCCUGCAGCUCUACAGAGAAAAGGCGUCACGUCACGCUCUUGUGUCCUUAGCGGUUGCCUUCACCUUCCCAUUUGUUACUACGGUGACUUGCUACUUACUGAUCAUCAGAAGCCUGAAGAGUGGGAACAGAGUUGAGAAACACCUGAAGGAAAAAGCUAUCAAAAUGAUCAUCAUGGUCCUGAUGAUCUUUCUGGUUUGUUUUGUACCUUAUCACGUCAAUCGCUACAUUUAUAUCCUCCAUUACAACGGGACCAAGGCUUCCUGCGAGACGCAGCGCCUGCUAGCACUCAAUAACCGCAUCACUUCCUGCCUCACCAGCCUGAAUGGGGCCUUCGACCCGGUCAUGUAUUUUUUUGUAGCUGAGAAAUUCCGUGAUGCUUUGUGCAACCUGUUCUGUGGUAAGAGGACGGUGAUGAUACCGCAGACGUGUGAGGGGAAGACGAACGAAAGCUCGCUGAGUGCGAAAUCUGAGCUGUGAACGUGACUCCUGCCACUGCUUCCAUGUGAAAAGGCUGCGCCGCCAAAAUCAGAGGAGUGCAGAUAUGCAGAAAGACAGCAUAAAACCACGGCCGGGCUCACUCCUGCAGAGGGAAGUUCUGUCAUUUCCCUGGAACUGAAAUUAACAGGAACCCCUCUGAUUACGUGCUCUUGUCUUACUGAAACUGCAAGCACAAGUACAGCCACACUGACUGCCAAGAUGUGAAACUGAGGGCUGAGCACUUAAGAACAACUAAGGGAACACGGGCUAUUAAACAGACAGCUUCUUUUUGCAAAAUAAUUUAAUUCACAAAGCAUUCAGUAAUGGCUUUUCCUAUGCACAGUGCAUUAGCGUACUUUAAAAUGUCAUAAUGCACCAACACUAGAGAUCCAUUCCUCACAAGGACUGUACAUUCUGUUCAAGUUGCAUGCUCAGUGUUUAUACACCGUAGGCAGAAAACUGGCACUAAGCCAUAGCAGAAUACAUAAAUAAACAAAAAAGCAAAAUGCUGUAACAUAUCCAACCAGGAAUGCAAUUAAGAGAGAACUGACCAUUUUUUAACUGCUUCCAAGUGCUAAGAGCAGGAGAUGAGCUCGAAGCUUCAGAAAGAGGCCAGACAAUGUUUACUACACUGCCUCUGUUACGUAGUUCCC